GUGAUGGCUGGGCCGCCCGCCCCUCUGCAGCUGCUGGGAGUCCUGCUCUUCACCGCCCUGGGCUGUGUCAGGCUCAUUCAAGCCGGUGCCUACUAUGGAAUCAAGCCAAUGCCACCUCAAAUUCCUCCUCAGAUGCCACCACAAAUUCCCCAGUACCAGCCCCUGGGUCAGCAAGUACCUCACAUGCCUUUGGGCAAAGAUGGCCUUUCUGUGGGCAAGGAGAUGCCCCACAUGCAGUAUGGCAAAGAGUAUUCACACCUACCCCAGUACAGGAAGGAGAUUCCACCAGUGCCAAGAAUGGGCAAAGAAGUGGCACCCAAGAAAGGCAAAGCAGAAAUACCAUUAGCCAGUUUACGAGGUGAGCAAGGUCCCCGUGGAGAGCCUGGCCCAAGAGGACCCCCUGGUCCUCCUGGUUUACCAGGCCAUGGGAUCCCUGGAAUCAAAGGAAAACCAGGUCCACAGGGAUAUCCAGGAAUUGGGAAGCCAGGUAUGCCAGGAAUGCCAGGAAAACCAGGAGCCAUGGGAAUGCCUGGGGCAAAAGGCGAGAUUGGACCCAAAGGGGAGAUCGGGCCCAUGGGGAUCCCAGGGCCACAAGGACCUCCAGGACCCCAUGGACUUCCUGGCAUUGGGAAGCCAGGAGGGCCAGGAUUACCAGGGCAACCAGGAGCAAAGGGCGAGAGAGGACCUAAAGGACCACCAGGACCUCCAGGCCUUCAGGGUCCAAAAGGAGAGAAAGGUUUUGGAAUGCCAGGCCUACCAGGGCUGAAAGGACCUCCAGGGAUGCAUGGGCCCCCUGGCCCCGUCGGACUUCCAGGAGUGGGGAAACCAGGAGUGACAGGCUUCCCUGGACCCCAGGGCCCUCUGGGAAAACCAGGGCCUCCAGGAGAACCUGGGCCACAGGGCCCUAUUGGAGUACCAGGGAUUCAAGGACCUCCUGGGAUGCCAGGGGUUGGCAAACCAGGCCAGGAUGGAAUCCCUGGACAGCCAGGAUUUCCAGGUGGCAAAGGGGAACAAGGGUUGCCAGGGCUACCAGGCCCUCCAGGCCCUCCAGGAAUUGGGAAACCAGGAUUUCCAGGGGUCAAAGGUGAUCGUGGUAUAGGGGGUGUUCCUGGGCCUCUAGGUCCGAGAGGGGAGAAAGGACCAGUAGGUGCCCCUGGGAUAGGAGGUCCCCCUGGAGAACCAGGUCUGCCUGGACUCCCAGGCCCCAUGGGUCCUCCAGGUGCUAUUGGUUUCCCCGGUCCCAAAGGAGAGGGUGGGGUUGUGGGGCCACAGGGACCAUCAGGUCCGAAGGGUGAGCCAGGACUUCAAGGCUUCCCAGGAAAGCCAGGUUUCCUUGGUGAGGUGGGACCUCCAGGCAUGAGGGGUUUACCAGGUCCCAUAGGGCCCAAGGGGGAGGCAGGACACAAAGGUUUGCCAGGGAUCCCUGGGGCACCAGGGCUGCUUGGACCUAAGGGAGAGCCAGGAAUCCCAGGAGACCAAGGUUUGCAAGGCCCUCCAGGCAUCCCAGGAAUUGCAGGUCCUAGUGGUCCAAUUGGACCACCUGGAAUCCCAGGUCCUAAAGGCGAACCAGGCCUCCCAGGGCCCCCGGGGUUCCCCGGAGUAGGGAAGCCGGGAGUGGCAGGCCUCCAUGGCCCCCCAGGGAAACCUGGUGCCCUUGGUCCUCAAGGCCAGCCUGGUCUGCCAGGGCCCCCAGGCCCACCAGGGCCCCCAGGGCCUCCAGCUGCAAUGCCCCCUACACAGCAACCCCAAGGAGAGUAUCUGCCAGAUGUGGGGCUGGGAAUUGAUGGCGUGAAAACUCCCCAUGCCUACGGGGCUAAAAAAGGCAAGAACGGAGGGCCAGCCUACGAGAUGCCUGCAUUCACUGCUGAGCUGACCGCACCUUUCCCCCCAGUGGGGGCCCCGGUGAAGUUUGACAAACUUCUCUAUAAUGGCAGACAGAAUUACAACCCACAGACGGGCAUCUUCACCUGUGAGGUCCCUGGUGUCUACUACUUUGCCUACCAUGUUCACUGCAAAGGAGGCAACGUGUGGGUUGCGCUGUUCAAGAAUAACGAGCCUAUGAUGUACACAUACGACGAGUACAAAAAGGGCUUCCUGGACCAGGCGUCCGGGAGCGCGGUGCUGCUGCUCAGGCCCGGAGACCGGGUGUUCCUCCAGAUGCCCUCAGAACAGGCGGCGGGACUGUACGCUGGGCAGUACGUCCACUCCUCGUUCUCAGGAUAUUUAUUAUAUCCCAUGUGAAAAAAAAAAAGAGAGAGAGAGAGAGAGAGAGAGAGCGAGCUUAAACGUGACAAUGACACACCAAAAAAAUCUAAAUGAAAAACACACAGUUGCUUCAAAAUGUUUAUACAGUUGGAAAGUUAUAUUUAAGUGAAAAUUUGGACCAU